UUUAUUAUUACUUUUCCUCUACAAAUAUUGGCGUUGGGGUGCCAUCUAACGUCCGCUGGGAGUGCGCAUGGAGAUAACAUACGCCUCUUCCAGCUCUCGCGACCUCACGUCCAUCACCUCUUCCUCCUCCGGAUCCGGCAACGCACCGAUGUCCGGAGCCCGACCGGUUAAGAUAAUUCCUCUGCAACAUCCAAACACGACGUCGUCUUUCGUCCCUUCCUCUUCUACUCCAUCUGCUCUCUUCUCCCGUUGGGCUACGAAAGUAAAGCGUAUGUCCUUGACUCAAUGGAUCGAAACUUUUUUGCCUUGUUACCGUUGGAUGAGGAAUUAUAACUGGCGCGAGUAUUUCCAGGUCGAUUUAAUGGCUGGUACUACCAUCGGUGUUAUGCUCGUGCCACAGGCAAUGUCUUAUGCAAAGUUAGCUGGGCUUCAACCAAUUUAUGGACUUUACACUGGUUUUGUGCCAGUUUUUGUGUAUGCCAUAUUUGGGUCUUCUCGGCAACUAGCAACUGGUCCUGUGGCUUUGGUUUCCCUGCUAGUCUCUAAUGUUUUGGGAGGAAUUGUUGAUUCAUCUGAUAAGUUAUACACAGAACUUGCUAUACUGUUGGCAUUUAUGGUUGGAGUUGUAGAAUGUAUAAUGGGGCUUUUAAGACUUGGAUGGCUUAUACGCUUCAUUAGCCAUUCUGUGAUUUCUGGCUUUACAACUGCAUCAGCAAUCGUGAUUGCAUUAUCUCAAGCAAAGUAUUUCUUGGGAUAUAGUGUUGUACGAAGCAGCAAAAUUGUGCCUUUGAUCAAGAGUAUAAUAUCAGGAGCAGAUAAGUUCUCAUGGCCUCCUUUUGUGAUGGGAUCUAGCAUUCUUGCUAUACUUCUAGUCAUGAAGCAUUUGGGAAAAUCAAGGAAGCAAUUCAGGUUCCUUCGGGCAGCAGGUCCCCUCACAGCAGUCAUUUUGGGCACAACUUUUGUUAAAAUAUUUCACCCAUCAUCUAUUUCUUUGGUGGGGGAUAUACCCCAGGGGCUCCCAAGCUUUUCUAUUCCCAAAGAGUUUGGUUAUGCAAAGUCUUUAAUACCGACAGCAAUUCUUAUUACUGGUGUAGCCAUAUUGGAAUCUGUAGGUAUUGCAAAAGCUUUGGCAGCAAGAAAUGGGUAUGAGCUGGACUCAAACCAGGAGUUGUUUGGUCUUGGGGUAGCGAACAUUGUUGGCUCAUUCUUCUCAGCAUACCCUGCGACAGGUUCUUUUUCUAGGUCAGCUGUAAGCAAUGAAAGUGGCACAAAAACUGGCUUAUCUGGAAUCAUAACUGGCAUCAUCAUGGGCUGUGCUCUUUUAUUCUUGACUCCAUUGUUUGAAUACAUUCCUCUGUGUUCUUUGGCUGCAAUAGUAAUCUCUGCUGUGAUGGGCCUGGUGGAUUAUGAUGAGGCCAUCUUCUUAUGGUGUGUAGACAAGAAAGAUUUUCUUCUUUGGACCAUUACUUUCACUACAACAUUGUUCCUGGGAAUUGAGAUUGGUGUCCUUGUUGGGGUUGGGGCAUCACUUGCUUUUGUUAUUCACGAGUCAGCGAAUCCGCAUAUUGCGGUCUUGGGCCGUCUUCCUGGCACUACUGUUUACAGAAAUGUCAAACAAUAUCCGGAGGCAUAUACUUAUAAUGGAAUUGUUAUUGUUCGCAUCGAUGCACCUAUCUAUUUUGCCAAUAUAAGUUGCUUAAAAGACAGACUCAGAGACUAUGAACUUGACAUUGACAAAUCUACAAGACAUGGACCAGAAGUAGAAAGAGUUUAUUUUGUGAUUUUGGAGAUGUCACCUGUUACAUAUAUAGACUCAAGUGCUGUUCAAGCUUUGAAAGAUCUGCAUCAGGAAUAUAAAUCACGGGAUGUACAGAUUGCUAUCUCCAACCCCAACCGAGAUGUUUUGCUCACCUUAUCAAAAGCAGGUCUCGUAGAACUUAUUGGUAAGGAAUGGUACUUUGUGAGAGUGCAUGAUGCUGUUCAAGUUUGCCUACAUUAUGUUCAGGGCUUAAACCAAACACCUAAGCAGUCAGAUCAACCAGAGGAAAGACCAGGUUUCUUCCACAGGUUAUCAAAACAAAGAAAGGAGGAUUUAUCAAUUGCUGACUUGGAGUCAGGUGAUAAGAAACUGCAUACUGACCCUCAAUUAGAGCCAUUGUUGUUACGGAAGUCUUGAAAUUCUUUGAUUCUUUCAGCAAAUAGUGUAUACCCAUUUUUAUCAAGGCAAUGCAUGUAGCUAGGUUUUAAAUCGCAGUUGCGGACAUGGACAUGGUCAUUGUGUAGAUAUGUCGGUGUGUCACGGCGAAAGUGUAACAGUCAUUUUCAGUGCUAUGGUGAAGCUUGUUUUAGAAAAAUUACAGUAUCGGCACUGAGCUUGUUUAGAAAAACUAUAGUAUCAGUCAUUUCAGUAUAUCGACAUUGCGCUGCAUUGCAGCUGCCAUGUAGCAUUUGAUUUUUUAGCUGGCAAAGUUUCAAUUGUUUUCUGUAACUUAUAAGCUUGUAAGUAUGCAUCAUUGCGUUCGAUUUUUCUGUCUAUUGGGGAUCAAUUGUUUGGUUAAUACAAUAUAAUACAAAAGCUUUCAUUAGUGGA